UUUCGUUUUUGUUUGUUUCGGUGAAUCGAUGGUCGCUGCGCUCGGCGGUCUCGCUCGUCGUCUUGGCCGUGCUUGCUUGAGAUCGGCGUGCUCGAGGCGAUGGGCGUCGACAACAACGACGACUGCCACCAAGCCCAGUCAUCCUGCAAACCCAUCGCCAUCGCCAUCGCCAGACCACAUUACGUUGCUUGGAACGGCGUAUCCGCGCGACCGAUGGACAAACGUGUCGCCGUCCAUCCAGGCCAAGCUCGGGCGCGGACUGCUCACCGUGCCAAACCAUCCCCUGCGCAUCAUCAAGCUGCGCAUCGAGCAGUACCUCAACGAGACGCGCCCUGGCACAGAUCCACUGCUUGCUCCACGCGCGUUCGCCAUCGUGGACUCGCUCAGCCCAGUCGUGACAGUCCAGCAGAACUUUGACAGUCUCCUCGUGCCGGCCGACCACGUCUCGCGCCAGCCCAGGGACACGUACUAUGUCAAUCAAAACCAAGUGCUGCGAUGCCAUACGUCGGCUCAUCAGGUCCAGACGCUCCGCGAGGGUCACGAUGCGGUCUUGAUUGCCGGCGAUGUCUUCCGCCGCGACGAGAUUGAUGCCUCGCACUACCCCGCCUUCCACCAGAUGGAGGGCAUUCGACUGUUUUCGCAUGACACUCUUGCCAAAUACAAUCCAGAGAUCGCUGGCUCGCCCAUCUUUGAGCAAGCAGGCAGUCCGACCUACGGCGAAACGGCAGCCAAGCAAAAGUCGCACACUGCCCUCGCUGCCGCUGUCGUUGAGCGAGACCUCAAGGCCACGUUGGAUGGGCUUGCGCGGCACCUUUUCGGGUCUGAGAUUCAAGUUCGCUGGGUCGAUGCGUACUUUCCCUUUACGCAUCCGUCGUGGGAGAUGGAGGUGCUCUUCCACGGCAAAUGGCUUGAAGUGCUUGGCUGUGGCGUUGUGCAACAGCAGAUUCUGAGCAAUGCUGGUGUUGAAAACAAGCUUGGCUGGGCGUUCGGUCUGGGUCUGGAGCGGCUUGCGAUGGUCCUGUUCGGCAUUCCCGACAUUCGUCUGUUCUGGAGCACUGACUCUCGCUUUGUUUCGCAGUUCAGCGAAGCUGCGGCACUGAAUCCCGGUGCCAACGCAGUCAAGUUCCAGGAAUUUUCCCGCUUCCUCUCGCGGUCUAAGGACACGACAUUCUGGCUGCCUUCCAGUGGGUUUGAAGACAAUGACUUUUUCGAGCUGGUGCGCUCGAUUGCGAGUGACCUUGUUGAGAACGUGCAGAUGAUCGACUCAUUUGUGCACCCCAAGACCGGCCGUACAAGCAAAUGUUUCCGUGUGACCUACCGGUCGUACGAACGUGAUUUGUCACACGAAGAAGUGAAUCUGUUGCACAACGAGAUACGCAACCGGCUCGCAGCAGAUUUGAAAGUCGAGUUGCGAUAGAGAUGUGUGGUCGUGUACUGUAUUUUUCAAAGCUGUGUGUCUGAGUAACAUGAUGCAUCUUCAAAGCAGUCUGGAUUUGGA